AUGUUACUAAUUCUUGAUCAAAAUGACAAGCUUACCACUCCUGAUGAUUAUGAUAAAAUAGUGAGAGUAGAAAUUCCUGAACAACAACAAGAGCAAGAGCUCCGCAAAAGGAUUCUUAACCACAUGAUUCACAACCCAUGCAGUGUUCAGAAUUCACGUUCACCAUGCAUGAAACAAGGGAGUUGUAAGAAGGGGUUUCCUAAGUCAUUCUCUGAUUGUACAAAGCAAGGAAAUGACUCAUAUCCCAUCUACCGUCGGCGUCAAGAUGCUCCACCUCUGCCAGUACGUGAAAAUUUACGAUUAAUUGUAGAUAAUCGGUGGGUAGUUCCAUAUAACCCAUGGUUGUUGAAUAAGUAUGAUUGUGACAUUAACAUAGAGAUAUGCAGCAACACUAAGUGUGUUAAAUAUUUAUAUAAAUACAUCCAUAAAGGUCCAGAUAGAGUUUCCAUGGAAGUUCAUAAAGGGGAUGAGAUUGCACAGUUCGUUGAUGCAAAAUGGAUUUUUGCACCUGAAGCUUUGUGGAAAUUUUACAAAUUUCCAAUGACUGGGAUGACUGUAGACCGCUUGCAAGUUCAUUUACCGAACAUGCACCACGUUAGAUUUGAAGGUAACCAGCCUAUCGAAAGUGUUUUGGCUGGCCUAAGGAGCUCAAAAACAAUGUUGACUGAGUUUUUCAAGAUGAAUUUAGUAGAUCCUAAAGCCAAAGAUUACCUAUAUCGAGAAUUCCCAGAAAUAUAG